AUGAGUAGAGCACGCACCACUGAGGCACCUCGCAUCUACCAGUUCAAGGUCAGCGAGGAGGCCUGGGCCGUCGUCCACCUGCUCUCCUCCCAGCCGGACGAGCUCAAGAAGUAUUGUCCAGACGUCGAGCCGCGCGGCGUCCUCACGGCAAUGCACUCCGCACCAUGCACAAUGCCGCUCUCCCCGCACGCUAGCUCGUUCACCGUCUGCCACGCCACACACAGCGGUGUGGAGGACGACAGACUCGGGACAGACAAACGCUGCAUUUGCAGGCCGUGCCAGUUCUUGGUUGUCCAUGUGACCUCGUCCAGCGUGCGCGAGAGCAACAUCGUGGCGGCCAAGUCGGUCGCCGACGCCAUCUCGUCGGCGGGCGGCGACGUGGUCAUCACCAACGACGGAGCGACGAUCCUGAAGCAGAUGGAGGCGAGCCGCGCAUACAGCCGGCUCCGCACCAUCCCCGCUCUCCCUCACCCAGGCGCUCCUCUCUCUCCCGCCAAACAGGUCGCUCACCCGACUGCAAAGAUGCUGGUGGACCUGUCCAAGUCGCAGGACGUCGAGGCGGGCGAUGGGACCACCACCGUCACGGACCGGAUCCUCAAGGAAGAGCGCAAGUACAUCCUCGACAUGUGCAAGAAGGUGCAAAAGAGCGGCUGCAACGUGCUGCUCAUCCAAAAGUCGAUCCUGCGGGACGCGGUCAACGACCUGUCGCUGCACUUCCUCGCAAAGAUGAAGAUCCUCGUCGUCAAGGACAUCGAACGCGACGACGUCGAGUUCAUCUGCAAGACAUGCGGCUGCCUGCCCAUCGCAAACAUCGAUACCUUCCACCCGGAGAAGCUCGGCCGCGCGGAGCUCGUCCACGAGGUGUCGACGGGCGACGGCAAGAUUGUGCGCGUGACGGGCGUGCCGAACGAGGGCAAGACCGCGUCCAACAACCUCGUGCUCGACGAGUCGGAGCGCUCGCUGCACGACGCGCUCUGCGUGCUGCGCUGCCUCGUCAAGAAGCGGUUCCUCACGCCGGGCGGCGGCGCCCCGGAGAUGCGGCUCUCGUACGAGCUCUCCAAGUGGGCCGACUCGCUGCUCGGCGCGCGCCCGCCGCCCCUCCCCGCCGCGCGCGCGCCCGGCCGCAGCCCGCCGCCGCCCCGCCGCAGGCAUGCACUCGUGGUCCCGUACACGCUCGCCGAGAAUGCGGGGCUCGACGCCAUCCACGUCGUGACGGAGCUGCGGAACAAGCAUGCGGAGGGCGAGAAGGCGGCGGGCAUCAACGUGCGCAAGGGCAAGGUGACAAACAUCCUCGAGGAGAACGUGCUGGUGCCGCUCCUCGUCCACACCUCGGCCGUCUCGCUCGCGACCGAGUGCGUCCGGCUCAUCCUGAAGAUUGACGACAUUGUCAUCACUCGGUGAGCGCCGCGCGCGGCUGUGCCCUUGACAACCGAUUCUGUAACCGCGGCUCACGGAGUCCGACGGGGGUGUUAGUAUCAUGGGGGCGCGUUCCGUACGCCUUUGUAGCUCUUAUGUUGUUAAAAUGAGGGACGAACUGCCGUGCA